AUUCCAGACCCGGAUCCCUGCUGCGGCUGUAGCGAUCUCGCGUUUGAAUGGUGGCAGACGGAGGGCCGUGUCGAUGUGUUGUGAUCUUUGGCCUCUUCCGAAGGAUCAAGGCGGGUCAGCACGAUGAAAUUAGGGGAACGCUUUCGGAGGACAGCGAGCGUGAAGACACCGUGCUGCGUUUAGGAUUAGAUGAGCGCGCGCGAGCGAGCGAGCUCUGCCAGCCCAGUUACUCGAGCGGACAUUGCGUGUGAAUGCGGUGACAGUCAACAGCGUCCUCCCACCCUGCUUUUAUAUAAUGGAAGAUCGCAUACAGAUAUGAUGUGCUGAUGCAUACGGGAUAACAUACGGGAGCUGGAAACGGAUCAUACGGUGUUCCGGGGAGGGUUGAGUUGACUUCGCGACGCCUCAGCUCAUCCCGAGACUGUUAUUUCUCGCCUCUGUUACUGUGAAACUGAAGCAAUGGCGAGGUACACGGCAGUCAGGGCUAGAGCUGUUUGCCCUGCUUUCAACAGCUAGCCUUCCGCGGGUGGCCACCUAACCGACUCUAGUAGGACUAACUGCGGCAACGCGAGCUCCGCGCAGGUGCUGUCUGUACGAGGUGAAGCUGGCGGCGCUCCGGUUAGAGUCGGAGGAGAAGGAUCUGGGCGCCAUGGCGUGGGUGCUGAAGAUGGACGAUGCGACCAUCGAGUCCGGGCUCGUGCACGACUUCGAUGCCAGUUUGUCAGGCAUCGGCCAGGAGCUCGGGGCUGGCGCGUACAGCAUGAGUGAUGUGUUGGCUCUGCCCAUCUUUAAGCAGGAAGAUGUUAGCGUCCCUGUGGAGUCUGACACCAAGAAUCCUCCGUUUCAGUACGUGCUGUGUGCCGCCACCUCCCCUGCUGUGAAACUGCACGAGGAGACGCUCACCUACCUAAACCAAGGCCAGUCUUAUGAGAUCCGAUUGCUUGAUAACAGGAAAAUAGGGGAGAUGCCUGAACUCAACAACAAAACUGUGAAGAGUUUAGUUAGGGUGGUUUUCCAUGACCGAAGGCUUCAGUACAUGGAGCAUCAGCAGCUGGAGGGCUGGAAAUGGAAUCGGCCUGGCGACCGCCUCCUCGACAUCGAUAUCCCCAUGUCAGUUGGCAUCACCGAGCCCCACACACACGCGUCACAGCUAAACGCCGCAGAGUUCCUGUGGGAUCUUUCCAAGCGAGCGUCUGUGUUUGUUCAGGUUCAUUGCAUCAGUACAGAGUUCACCCCACGGAAACAUGGCGGAGAGAAAGGAGUUCCAUUCCGGAUCCAGAUUGACACCUUUAAACAAAAUGAAAGUGGAGAAUAUACUGAGCACCUGCACUCUGCCAGCUGCCAGAUCAAAGUCUUUAAGGUGACGUCACAUGCAUGCAAGCAUGCAUCAAAUACAAGGAAAUGUAUAUUUGGUUACAGACCUCAGCCAAAGGGAGCAGACAGAAAACAAAAAACAGACAGAGAGAAGAUGGAGAAACGGACUGCGCAGGAGAAAGAGAAAUACCAGCCCUCUUAUGAUACCACUAUUUUGUCAGAGACUCGAUUGGAGCCUGUGAUUGAGGAGGCUGUGGAACAUGAGCUAAAGAAAUCCAGCAAGCGGACACUUCCUGCAGACUGUGGUGAUUCCAUCGCCAAAAGCAAGAGAGGAAGUUGCUCUCCAUGGCCAGAUAAUGCGUACGUCAACCCCAAUACAGCAGCUACACCGACCUUCACCUCCAGCACAAACACCUACAGCACUAGCAGCACAGUACCAGACAGUGAGUCCUCUUCACCUAACCACCAAGGGGAUCUUGGUAGUCUCAUGUCUGUGGAGUCUCUGAGUCCCACAGCCUCUAUACAGGACACACAGAAGUGGCUCCUUAAGAACAGAUUCAACUCAUACAGUCGUAUUUUCACCCAUUUCUCAGGUUCUGAUCUACUGAAAUUAACUCGUGAGGAUUUAGUCCAAAUUUGUGGAGCAGCCGAUGGAAUCAGACUCUACAAUGCACUUAAAUCAAGAGCGGUGCGUCCCAGACUCACGGUCUACGUGUCUCUGGAAGCGUCUCAGAGCGAGAGCCCUCUGCUGGGGAAACGGGGCCACUGCAAAAACGGCGAACACAGCAGUCCAACAUCCAUACCUGUUUACCAUGCUCUUUACCUUGAGGAGAUGACCGCUUGUGAGCUUACUAGGAAAAUCUCCAGUGUCUUGGCGCUGCCGCUGGUCCACAUCAACCAAGUCUACAAACAGGGGCCGACAGGGAUACACAUACUACUCAGUGACCAGAUGGUUUAUAACUUCCCCGACGAGAGCAGUUUCAUCAUCAGCACAAUACAAGAUGAUACCACUGAUGGAUUUCACCUUGUUCUGAAGUAGAGCUGCUGCAAAAACACGCGAAGCAGAGAGUGCGAUGACAUCACAAGGCUCCAUACUGCCGCUCUUGAGCAUCGAGCAUGUUCCCUCCAUCCUCCUCUCUCUUCCUUUCCUUAUCUCUCUCUCCUUCUGCGGAGAGAGAGAGAGAGAGCGAUAGCUGGGGUUGGGCAGGGCCUCCUAACUGUUAGAAUCUGACUUCAGUGUGUAAAUUGUUUCAUAUUGAAAACACUUAAACUGAUGCCAGUGUGUGCAAGCGGUGGGCUUUUACGUAUGCGUGCGAGUGAGUUUUUAAAGGUUGAAUCGGGAGGGGAUGGAGGUGAGCGGAAACCGCAAGGAAGUGGAGGAGAAUUGUGACCACUUUUACUUAAGCGUGGAAGAAUCCGAGCAUCCGGCGCCGCGAUACGGCCGUGCUCAGACUCUGUCCUCACUUUGCUAGUUAUGAACGUACAGUACUUACUUGAGUUUGUUCGCCUUUUGUCUGUGAGUUGUCAACCGUUUCACUGCCUGCCCCUUCAGACUGGCCUGCGGACGCCAUCGCAACCCCUUGGUAGAUAGUAACGACCUCUCUUUCAAUUGUGAGGAAAGGCGUCCUGACUUAGGCAUGCGCAGGACGUCUUUAUGUCUGUCUGGAUGAAAUAAUUCCUUGAGUUUGAGUUCGGUUGUGAGAAGUUUUGGUUGUAUCCUACUCUCGUCAGUGCUGAUAUCGUUUUCCAGUUCCUCUCUCAAGACCAAUCGUUUCUGGUGCCAUCAUUUCUGUUGACUAUAUUCUGUUCGUUUUACUUUGUGCUUAGCCAGAUGAAUUAAGUGUCAGAAGAAUAUAAUUAAAUAAUGGGAUUUUUUUUGGUUUUUAGAUUGUGAUGGUUGUGCUUCAUAUUUUCUGUGCCUGGGAACUAUUACUGCCCUUUAUAGUAGCUCCUGGCACGGAUUAUAACACGAUUAUUAAUAAACGAGCACAAUCACGAGCCUCCAUUAAUUACGUUUCCCUUAAUGCCUUUGCAUUCUUUUAUCUUGUAACUUUUUGGCCUAGGAUAUGAUGUUGACUGGUGCUUUUUUCAAUGCACAUGUGGUUUACCGUCAGCUGCUCCAGUUAGAGCUAGCCGUCAUGGCUGUGGUCAGCCGGCCUUUUUUUUUUUUUUUUCUUCUCCUUCUUGAAUAGAGACUGACUCAGUAGUCAUGUAUCGGGCAGCUGUGCUUUGGCAUGUACUGUGCUUAUUAUUGCCACUUUAUAUAGAGGAGCAUGGUUGUAAGAAUGUUGACUCCUUUUAACUCUCCACAAAAAAAAAAAAAUUAAUAAAAUGGAAUGACCAAGUCUGCACUGAAACCGAAACCACAAUAAAAUGUCACGCCGUUUGAUACCUUGCUGUCGUUGGAUGCUCACUUAGACUUCUGGUGUACGUGACGUUUCCAGGUUGAACAAAUGAUCAAAGUCUAAAUACACAGAGAGGUGUGUUGUUCUCUUCCUCAGAUCGUCGGACUGUCCUCUGCGUUUCCGUGAUGAUGAUCAUGGUGCCCUCAUGUCACUGUCUGUCUAAAGAAGCCUCUCUACCAUAGGGGGUGCUGAGAUGUACACAAUUAAUGCCUGUACCAAAAUAAAAAUAAUUUUCAUA